AUGCCAGCAAAUGACGAAAAGACGACGCGUGAACCGGAAAAAGUUAAUUUCAUUUUUAAGAAAGUGGUCAAAUAUUUCAUUUCAGAAGAAAAACAAAAUGUUCAAGUUCUUCUCAUUGGGGUGUCGCGGUCGAUCACGAGGCGAGUGAAGCUUCAAUUUUUUUUUUCAUCAUCUAUCUGCAUUUACGAUAUUUGUCAAACUCGCUUUGGCUUCAGAAGAAAGCCAUGAGCGUGCAAAUAAAACGGUUUCGACAUGCGACGUCGUUUCUUUGAACGGAGAAUCCAAGAAGAAAAAGAAGGAGACUUCAGCUAAAGGCAGCUUUUCCGUGACGACUCUCAAAGAAACUCAGAGCAUGGUUGUCUUUCUCAUUAUUGAGAAUAUUCCGGUUUUGAUACAGAAUAAUCUUUCUCGUACUUCGCGGGAAAUGUUUUGCACGAAAAUCGUUGAACAGAAGCCCCUGGAUGAGGCGAGAAGAGACGCCCGCGCGACGCCGAUUGAAGACGCCGACGAGGCUCGUGCAGACUCGGAGAUCCUUUCCAGUCAGUUCCUUUCAACGCUCAGAAUAGAUGCUCAUGCAAGUAACGAGUGUGGGAAAAAAAACUCAUUGCGAACAAAAAUUCAUUUUCUUGAACUCAGCUCUUUGUAAAUAGAUUUAUAAAAAUAAUGAAUUGAUUUUAGAAGCGAUUUUAAAAAAUUCCUUCUAUUUCGCUCAAUUUUGCGCCUUUUUGGGUUUUUAUAUUCAGAUUUGUGUCAGACGAUAUUCGAGUUUCCAAGCUAUAAAGACGCUCAAAAAAAGAAAAUGUUCCAAAAGCAAAAAAAAAUUUUAGCGUCUUCAGGCGUAGACUUGUUUUGAGCCAUUUGGGUUUAGGUUCUGAAUUUAUAUUUUGCAGUUUGAUAAUUUUGAUGUUUUGCCGUCUUCUUGGAACAUUUCUGAAAGUGAGAUUUAUUUAAUGAACAAGUAGCUAGUUGAUAAUUUUUUUAGAAGUCCUGAAAAAAAGGGGCGGGGGGAAGAAAGUGAUACCUUAUCAGAGAGAAUUGACGCAGUAUGAAGCCGUGCACUGCUUUGAUGCGGAGUUUUUUUUAUAUGAAAAAAAUUUCGGUGUUGCAGAUUACAGCACAGCAGCGCCGUUCUCGGAAGGAGGUACUGGUGAAAGUUUUGAAGUUUUCGCCGGGUAAGUUUGCCUUUUCCGUUAAUACUCCCUCGAUGAGUUGCAGAUUUCUGCCACUGAAUUCAGAGAAUAUUUUGGAAACGAGUGUUUUUGAAAAAGAUCAGAGCCAACCACUGGCAAGACGAAAAAUCGCUCAGAUCUUGAAAGAACCUGGCGAUUCGCCGGUGCCUUCCGUGACGUCAGAAGAAGACAGCUUCGCAGAAGUGAGCACAUUGUUACUUUUUUCUGUGGAGAUGUUUGUUUGAGGAGCGUUUGGACAGUCUGAAUCCUGACGCGGAGGCUUCGUAUUCUUUUGUGCGGAAUUUCAAGGAGCGCCUUUCGAUCGGCGGAUCGAUGCGACAAAUCAAAAGAAGACGUCGGCUGAGCUGGUCGACUCCAGAACGUCCCCUGUCGGCGACUGAGAUUCCAACUUCUCUUCCUCCCGAAGGUUAUGUUUUUCUGAUUUUUGGAAGGAGUAACUUUUUCAGUAUCUUUCAAAUUCAAAUAGUGUCCUGGGAAGGGGUUGACUUACAAAGAUUCGAAAAAUGAGGGGCGAAGUAACAUUCAAUAAUAGAGAGAGUUUUGACAAAAUAAAAUUGAUUUUUUACCUCGGAAGCUAGUGCUGACUUUAAUGCUGAAAGACAUAGAAAUUGGAAUUGGCGGCUUUUAAAAAUGUUCUGUUCGCUUCGACAACUUUGAGAGAAAAAAAAAGAAAACAAUGAAAAGAUCUGAGCCCAGGCGAUUCACUUCAACCGCCUUGAGUCUGGCAAGUAAAUGGCCCGAAAGGACGAAUCAUAAACCCAGCUGUUGGCGGCGUUCUUUUGCUCUCCGACCAUCUUCUAGCCUUGUAUUACAUUGUAAUAUUUGUCGCUCGCGUUUUUCUAAAUUCUGAGGGGCAUUUUGAUGGGAUGAUUAUUUCUGAACAGCUGUCUUCAAACGAAGAGAGUCUCCACCAUUAUGCACACAAUUGACGUUGUGAAGUGUUUAGUCGAUUCAUCAAACCCGUUUAGAACUUGGAAAUUCAUCCCUAAUUUCUGUUUCUGUGGACUGUAUAGUUUGUGUUGAAAGAACGCGAAAAAGGUUUCAUGUGUUUUAUCAGCAAAAUUAGUCGCAAAGAGCUCGUACAACAGACUUGCGGAGAAGAUGUUUACAAGGGAAGUAGCCGAAGAUGCCGUUUCACCUGAGACGCGCGUAUUUACCUGGCUGUCACUGAAACAGUACGGCGACGGAGGCCGUUAUGCUGAUUAUUAG